GGUCUGUGGAUUUAGAAUCUAUUUUUUCCUUAUUCAUUUAAUAGAUUUCAAAUCUACGGAUCAGAAACGUAUCCUCGUAGGUGAACCUUAUCCAGAUUCUAAUUUUGAUUACCCAAGGAAAUAAAAUAAAGAAUAAGUGCAGGUGAUGAGGGAGAAAAAGUUUGUUCAAGACAUAGCCGGUGUGAGGAUAGGAGAAGAGGAGGAAAUAACAUACGAGGCAGCCACACAAGCGUUGAAGAGAGGUGUCCGAUUCUAUUCGGUCCUCCAAGCAAGCGAUGGCCAUUGGCCAGCAGAAAAUGCAGGCCCUUUGUAUUUCCUUGCCCCAUUUGUAUUUUGUCUAUAUAUCACUGGACAUCUCAAUUCAGUUUUCUCAUCCGAGCAUCGUAAAGAGAUUCUUCGUUACAUUUACAAUCAUCAGAAUGAAGAUGGAGGGUGGGGACUGCAUAUAGAGGGGCAUAGCACCAUGUUCUCUACGGCAUUGAACUACGUUUGUAUGAGGAUGCUAGGUCAAGGACCUGAAGAUGGUGGGACUGUCCCCAGAGCGCGAAAAUGGAUCCUUGAUCAUGGUGGUGUAGUUGCAAUUCCAUCUUGGGGAAAGAUUUUGCUUUCGACACUUGGAUUAUUUGACUGGACUGGCUGCAACCCAGUGCCCCCAGAGUUUUGGAUUUUCCCUUCUAUUCUACCUUUUCAUCCAGCAAAGAUGUGGUGCUAUGUUCGCAUGAUUUACAUACCCUUGUCAUAUUUAUACGGGAAGAGGUUCGUGGGAACAAUCACAGCUCUCAUUCUCCAGUUGAGGGAAGAACUCUACCUUCAAUCUUAUCAUGAAAUAAAUUGGAACAAAGCACGCCAUAUGUGCGCAAUGGAGGAUAUCUAUUACCCCCAUCCCUUAAUACAAGACUUGAUCUGGGAUAGUCUGUAUUUUCUUAUGGAGCCUCUUGUAACAUGUUGGCCCUUAAGCAAACUCAGAGAGAAGGCUAUGCAAGUCACAAUGAAGCACAUCCAUUAUGAAGAUGAGAAUAGCCGAUACCUUACCAUUGGAUGUUUAGAAAAGGCGUUUUGCAUGCUUGCUUGUUGGGUGGAAGAUCCAAAUGGGGAGGCAUUCAAGUAUCACCUUGCUAGGAUGCCAGACUACAUAUGGGUUGCUGAAGAUGGAAUGAAAAUACAGAGUUUUGGCAGCCAGCAGUGGGACACUAGUUUGGCUGUACAAGCAAUUUUGGCAAGUAAUCUUAUGGAUGAAAUUGGACCUACUCUUAUGAAAGCUCAUGAUUACGUAAAGAAAUCACAGGUUCAAGACAAUCCAUCAGGUGACUUUCGAAGCAUGUACCGUCACAUAUCAAAAGGGUCGUGGACUUUCUCAGAUCAAGAUCAUGGGUGGCAGGUUUCAGAUUGCACAGCAGAGGGACUGAAGGUUACUCUUCUGCUAUCACUGAUGCCACCUGAAUUGGUGGGUGAAGCGUUGGAACCUCAUCGCCUAUAUGAUGCUGUGAACAUCAUUCUUUCUUUACAAAGUGAGAAUGGAGGUUUAGCAGCUUGGGAGCCAGCUGGAGCUGCAUCAUGGUUGGAGAUGCUCAAUCCUACUGAAUUUUUUGAAGACAUUGUUAUUGAGCAUGAGUAUGUUGAGUGCACUGGAUCAUCAAUCCAAGCCCUAGUCCUGUUUAUGGAAUUAUAUCCCGGACACAGAAAGGAAGAAAUCAGAACGUUCAUUGAGAAAGCAGUACAUUUUCUUGAACAAAUACAAACGCCUGAUGGUUCAUGGUAUGGGAAUUGGGGAGUGUGCUUCACCUAUGGCACAUGGUUUGCACUGGGAGGAUUAGCCGCUGCUGGGAAGACUUACUACAAUUGUCCAGCAGUGCGUAGAGGCUGUCAGUUUUUACUAUCAAAACAACAAGAAUCUGGUGGUUGGGGAGAGAGUUACCUUUCAUGUACAAACAAGGAAUAUGUUCCAUUAGAAGGUGGUCGGUCAAAUUUAGUUCAUACUGCAUGGGCCAUGAUUGGUCUUCUUCAUGCUGGACAGGCCGAGAGAGAUCCAACACCUUUGCAUCAUGCAGCAAAGCUGAUAAUUAAUUCACAAAUGGAAGAUGGUGACUUUCCCCAACAGGAAAUUACUGGAUGUUUCAUGAAGAAUUGUAUGUUACAUUAUGCAGCUUAUAGAAACAUCUUCCCAGUCUGGGCUCUUGGAGAAUACCGUAAGCAGGUUCUAUUACCUUCAAAGAAACACUAGAACUGUAUCUUGAGCCGCACCCCUUGUGAUAUUAAAACUCUAAAAUACUGGUUCAAUCUUUUCCUUUUUUCUAUUUCCCACCACUUAAUGUUGGGUAUCUCUAUAUAAUGUUGGAUAUCUCUAUAUGGAUAGUUCUUGGACUCUGCACAUUGAUUGUUCAGUAAUUCUUCCUAAUGCCUGCACAAUAUUUAACAAUAAGAAGCUUUCACUCAA